UGAGGAGGUGACUGUGUAUUUCACCCAGGGGCAGGGGGCUCUGCUGGACCCUGGUCAGGGACGUCAUGCAGAAUUGUGAGACUGCGACCUUGCUGGCAGCCGAUGGGGUGGGGAGUGAAAACAAGGAGGAGAAUUCACUGCAGGAAGGUCCUGAGCAAGGGGAAGUGCAAGGGACGUUACUGGGAAGAUCCAAAGGGAACUUUGACCAGAGCUGUGAAUGUGAGAAAGCCUGUGGAAAUCAGUGCCGGUCAGAGAGACAGCUUGGAAACCAGCCAGAGAAAGGAGUAGGUAGGUUUCAUGUGGCAGAGGAUGGAAGGAACUCAGCGAAACAACAGCCCAGCGGAGAAGCAACACGGGAAAGAGAAAAAAACAUGUGCACCGAGUGUGGGAAAAGCUUCAGUCGGCGCUCUCAUCUUAUUUCCCAUAGAAGAAUCCACACGGGCGAGAAACCCUAUAAAUGCCUGGUCUGUGGGAAAAGCUUCAAUCAGAGCUCAAACCUUAUUUCACACAGAAGAAUCCACACAGGAGAGAAGCCCUAUAAAUGCCUCAUCUGUGAGAAAAGCUUCAUUCAGAGCUCACAACUCAACAGACAUGAGAGAACGCACACGGGAGAGAAACCCUAUAAAUGCGUUGAGUGCGGGAAAAGCUUCAUUCAGAGCUCGGAUCUUAUUUCCCACCAGAGAAGCCACACGGGAGACAGACCCUACAAAUGCCCUGACUGUGGGGAAAGUUUUGAUCGGAGAACCCAGCUUAUUAUCCAUCAGAGAAUCCAUUCAGGAGAGAAACCUUACAAAUGCCUCAUCUGUUGGAAAAGCUUCAGUCAGAGCUCCAACUUUAUUUCGCACCAGCGAAUCCAUACGGGAGAGAGACCGUAUAAAUGCUCUGACUGUGGGAAAAGAUUCAAUCGGAGUUCGCACCUUAUGCGACACAAGAGAACCCACGCGGGAGAUAAAUCCUAUCAAUGCCCAGAGUGUGGGAAAAGUUUCAACCAGAACUCAGAUCUUAUUACGCAUCAGAGAAUCCACACGGGAGAGAGACCCUAUAAAUGCCUGGACUGUGGGAAAAGUUUCGACUGGCGCUCACACCUGGUUAUACACCAGAGAAGUCACACGGGACACAAUCCUUAUAAAUGUGUGGACUGUGGGAAAAGUUUCAGUCGGAGCUCAAACCUUAUUACGCAUCAGAGAAUCCACACAGGCGAACGACCUUUUAAAUGCCUUGAUUGUGGGAAAAGAUUCUGUCAGAGCUCAGAUCUUUUUUCACAUCAGAGAACCCACACAGGAGAGAGACCCUAUAAGUGCUCCGACUGUGGGAAAAGGUUUAGCGACAGCUCGACCCUCAUUAAACAUAGGAGAAUCCACACAGGAGAAAAACCUUAUACGUGCCAGGUCUGUGGGAAAAGCUUCAGUCAGAGCUCCACCCAUACUCGACAUCAGAGACUCCACACGGCAGAGAAGCCCUAUAAAUGCCAGGAGUGCGGGAAAAGUUUCAAUCAGAGCUCCAACCUUAUUCUGCACCAGCGAACGCACACGGGGGAGAGGCCCUACAAAUGCCUCGACUGCGGGAAAAGUUUCAAUCGGAGCUCGAGCCUCGUCGUGCAUCAGAGAAUCCACACGGGAGACAAACCCCACAAAUGCACCAAAUGUGGGAAGAGUUUCAUUCAGAGCUCCAACCUGACGACGCACCAAAAAAUCCACACGGGAGAAAAAAACUGUCAGUGCCCAGAGUGUGGGAAAAUGUUCAGCGACAACUCAGCCCUGAUUAAGCACCGAAGAAUCCAUUCGGGACAGAAACCCUAUAAAUGCCCGGAAUGCGGGAAAGGGUUUAGUGACAGCUCAACCUGUAUUCGACACCAGAGAACCCACACGGGAGAGAGACCCUACAAAUGCCUGGAUUGUGGGAAAAGCUUCAAUCUGAGCUCCAACCUAGUUACGCACCGGAGAAUCCACACGGGGGAAAGACCCUAUAAAUGCCUCGACUGUGGGAGAAGCUUUAGUCAGAACUCGCAUCUGAUUAAACAUCAGAAAGUCCACACGAGGCUGAAAUCUUGAAUGCGGGAGCGGUUGCAGUCGGGGCUUUGAUUGGGUUUGGAAUCAGCAAAUCCAUACAGGGAAGAAACUUCCUCGAUGUCCUGAGAAGGGAAAAU